AUGGACACUCUCUCAUGGAUGUUCCUGGCCUUUGCCAUUUACAUGCUCGCGAAAACACUCUUCGCAGACCGCUCGCCCAUCCCUGAGACAUCAGGCAAAGUCUACAAAGUCGCCAGCGCCGGAGAGCUAGACGCCCUCCUCGCCUCCACUACCAAUGUCGUCGUCGACUUCUACGCCGACUGGUGCCCGCCGUGCCGUGUCAUCGCGCCCAUCUUCUCCGGUCUGGCCGACAAGCACGCCGCGGAGGGGAAGCUUGCUUUCGCCAAGGUAAACGUCGACCACGUCAACAACGUCGCUGGCCGCUACGGUGUCACUGCCAUGCCGACGUUCAUGUUCUUCCAGAAGGGGAAGCCUACGGGUGUGGCUGCCAAGGGGGUGACGCCUCGCCAGUCGGUUGUUUUCACUGAGGAUGGUCGGGUCGAUAAGAUCCGGGGUGCGGAUCGGGCUGCGUUGCAGGCUGUUGUGCAGGCGCUGGCUGGUGAUGGAGAGGACGCGAAGAAGGAGUGA